AUGCGAAAGCUUGUCGUCGCCGAGAUUUGUUUACUGUCGCUGAUGCUGAGCGUGACCACCGGAAGCAGAUGUGUAAAGGAAGAGAGAACACGGACAGGAAAAAAGUGUAGUCAACAGCAGCUCAGAAGAGUGGAUAAAGCGUUAUCGAGAGCUGGAGAUAUACCGGAGGGAUCGUGGAUUUGUUUAAGCCACAGAAAUUUGAUACUUGCCGAGGACAAACGCUGCUCCUGCCCAUCUUCGUGGGGACACGGUAAAAGCUUAUCAAAACAUCCGAUCCCUGACAGGCUGUAUAGAGUAUUUGACGAGGUGGGCAGAAACAGCGUUACCGAAUACAAACCUGGGUCAAACUGGUGUAAUAAAUGCAGAGUCCUCGCAGAUAAAGAAUUCGCGUCCCACCCCAUGUUCACUCCGAGGAAGCAAAAAAAAGUGACAUCAGAAAAUAAGGUAAAGCACACUAAAUAACAUUAUAAUUUCAUCAAUUUUAAUUCACUGUCUUCUUUUAAAAAUAAUAAUAAUAACAAUUUAUUCUAAACCAGAUGGACAAAUAAUAUAAACAAAAAUAUUUUUCUAUAGGAAAAUGUAAUGAACCAGCCAACACCACAGAAAAACAAGGACAUUCAGCAAACGUCAAGUUCCCAAAAAGGUUAAGUACAGAAGAAACUUUCCUGAGUAAAAUCAGAAAAUUUACAUCCCUCUCUCUUUCAACUCAUUAAGCCCAAUGCCCAAUGUUUUUAUCUCUCAAAAGAUUUUCCAACAACACAUAACAUGAUUUAAAUCAAGUGCUAAUAAAAUUAACAUUGAAGAAAUUUAUAUUUUUUAGAGCCUUCGUUUGAGAAGAUGAUGGAGACAUUUCAGAAGGCCCUCAGCAGCCACUAUGAAAAUAGUGGCCAACCAUUAUACAAUGCAGAAGAUAUGAGGAAGUUUUCCGAGAUUUAUGCGCCAGGCUUGUUUGAUGUCCUCCUCAGUUCAAUUCUUCGAGACGACUCCAGGCUGUCAGAAGACAGGAAAACAUUGCAGGAGCAAAGAACAGUUGCUCUUCUCCAUAUUAUGACAUAUUUUAGGUAUCUGGCAAGGAAUGAAAUAGAAAACAAUGCUGACCUCUAAUGAGAUCAUGGGGUAAAAAAAAAAUUCUUAUUUUGUUGUUCAUCUUGUCUAGAUCCCAGAAGUCAUGUCCCUUGCAAAAAGACCUGGGUCUGUACAUGCACCAACAUGGCCUUUCAAGAGCUGGCUUGAACAAUGGCCCUAUCUUUGGCUUUUCAGUAGCACCAAGAUCAAUUGAUAGGCACAACAUCAACUUACGGCAGCAGUAUCCAAGCUUGUUAAAGCAAAAAAUAGAACAGUCAGUUAAGGUGCAACUGAAUAUGUAAAUACCUGAUAACUUUUAUUAAGUACAAAUCCAUUUCUAAAAUAAAAUAAAUUGAAAGCAUACAAAAAUGUAGGCUACACAGUAAUGUUUUAAAAACAGCCAAACCACUGGAAUCAGGGUGCCUUAUUAUUCAUAUUAAAUGAAAGAAAAUUUACAAAUACUACAACAAUUUUUAGAAUGACAAAUUUAAUAUUGUUUGAUAACCUGAACACUUUAGUGGCAUUUAAUGUAUGAUUAUCUAUUGACAACUCAGUAAGAGGUUAAAGAAAUUGGACUAUCACAUAUAAGAAGGUAGCCUGUGAACAGGCUCUUUGUUUGGGGAAAGGCAAGAUUUUUUCACCCUUUCCCUAAACAGAGAGCCUGUUCACAGACUAAUAAGAAUGUAACAUGAUAACAACUUGAUUACUAUGUUCAAAACAUAUCUCCUAACUAUUAUGACUAUUCAUUCAUGAUUGUAUUUUAUUAGGAAGGUACUUCUAUGAUUCUCCUCUUGGAUGAUUUUCAUAAUAUUCACACAAUCAGAAUGCCAGACAACCUGAAAUUGUCUAAAGCAACACACAUGGCUUCUGUUCUACUGGACAUUCACCUGGAAAUACCAGCUGUAAAAAAACCCAACGCACAGUGUGUCCACAGUGUUUUGAAAAUUACUUUCAGAGGGCAGGAGACUGUUUGCAGAGGUGGUAUUGUAAAAAGAUACAUACAAGAACUGUUCACAGAAAGUCUUAAAAGUCACCACCACUCAUUUCUAACCUCUCUUCCCCAACAAUGUCAGCAGCUGAAGGCUAAAGAUAUACAAAAACAGAUCAAACAGUUCAGGUGUAUAUUAAGAGUUUCACGUUUUCUCUUUUCCCACAACUGUCCAGUUUAACAGGGUUUCAUAGCUGUGGUGGGUAAAAUCGCAGUGAAUGCCUAAACUGUAAUAGCAUUUGAACCAUGAAGAAAACAAAUUAUGUCUUCUUUUGCCAAGUUGAUUUGGUUUGCAUGAAUUGUUUGGUACAAAAAAACAAUAAAAAAAAACAGUAACACACCCAACUGGAAAUACACUACAUGUACAUGUGCUCUUGUACUAUGUAUGUUCCAGAAACCCAGUAGGUAAUGACUUAUUUUUCUCUACAAUAGACCUGCAUUAUGUAUGCAUUAUAUAAAGUCUUAAAUUGCAAUCAUGGUGCACAAGUAACAAUAUUUUUACUUUCAUUUCUAGAGUAUACAAUGGCAUGGCACAAGAUGAACUUCUUACCCUGAGCACUUGCGUUUUAAUAGACGAAUUCGAGGCAGGCUUGAAAAGCAUGGAGGAUUACAAGGCCGCACUUAACCAUACAUUCCAUUCUGCUCUUCCCCUUCAUGAUUUCUGUAAAUUAUUUGUUAUUCCACUGCCUGGAGAUUGGCCAACCUGGUAUUACACCAAAAAAAUAAUUGCUCAGCUACCAGAAACUAGUUCCCAAGAACACCCUUAUUUGUCCCUUAUUCCAGAACAAGGACCUUUUCAUGUCUGCUUAAAUAUAAAUGAGGAUGUCAUUAAAAGCCACCACAUAGUUUUUGCAAGACUUUAUAAGGAGGUUUUUGCCAGUGACUUCCCACUUAAACCAAAACCCUUUCGAACAAGCCUCAUUAUUACAGGAACCUUGUGUGGAUGGUUGUUAAUCAGACAUAAAGUCCUGGCCAAAUUCAAGUUCUGCAAAGAUAUUGAAUUUCUGUACCUGGUUAAUUUACUUGAAGAAAUUUUGCCACUGGUCUUUUUUCAAUAUGACAGCAUUUUUUGCUCUGGUAAUCUGGAACUGUACAUAAAUGUCAUGAUUCGUCUAGCCAUUAUUUUCAUUAUCUGGGAGCGACAUCAUUAUGACAGAUCUACUCUAUCCAUGUUAAGUGACUUGUAUCACCAAAAGAUCAACUUUCCUGCCUACUAUAACUUUAAAGAGCAAUGGCUAUCAAUAAUAACAGAAAAGAAGGUAGAAAUCUGGCAUUCAUUGUUACGAAAUCACAUUUCAACACAUUACAGUGGUGAUGAGAUACAUGACACAGCAAUUUCUCUGGCUGCUUCUGACACUGCUAGGAAAUUUCAUUCUUCCUUUGUGAGGCCAUACACCAGAGGUCAAUCGGAAAAAAACAUGAAACUUGUGGCAGGUAAUGUGUUUCACAACUGCAAGGGACAACUGUAUCUAGCUUUAUUAUUCCCUUUUCAAAAGAAAAGCGAUACAUUUUUUAAAAACUUAAUCAACUACAACUUUCUCUUUAGUCUUAAUUCCAAUUUAUUCCAGAAAAGACAUCGUUUAAAACUAAGUUGAAGAAAAACCAAUCACCCAUUAACCUUAAGAAUGACAUUGACAGUGGAAGUCUUAGAUCUUAAUGCAGGCAGUGACAAUGAAAAUUUCUUCCUCAUUGUUUUUACCGUAACAUUAUUUAAGAUAUUUAAUGCUGUUUGUAUAUUCUAGUGUUGCCUCUUGAAAACCAAUUUUGCAGAUAUUAAUGGAGCUUCAUUUAAAAAUUCCCAUAGUCUUACUCUCUCCUAGAAACUCUUGACCAAUGAUUUUGGUAGAUACACCGUAACAUGCAGAUAUUUUACAGUGUAUGAGUUGCAUAGUUCUUUUUUAAACCCCACAAAAACAAAAACACAAAGAUACAGGUUGCUGUCAUUCUAGACCAUGGCCACAAAUUUAUACUGAAAAAAAACUUGCAUGGCUAUAGACAUGUAUUGUCUUGAUUUGCCUCACUUAAUGUGAACUUCUAAAACUUAUACAGGCAAAGUUGCUGAGGUGCUUUUGAAAUUAUUCCAGGAUGUUGCUCAAAAUAUUGGAAAGUCUAAGAAGGUAAGUAUCUGCAUCAUUUUGUAACUCUACACAUAAAUCUUCUUCUUGUUUGAAUUGAAUAGAUGAAAGCGAAGUUAUUUAGAUUUCAACGGAUAAGCCGCAUAAAUGUCACCUCAUCAAUACCUAAGCCAACACUGUCAAGCACACAGGUGAAGAAAAUGGAUGAUGAAAGCUCAGCUUAAAGAAGCAGCAAACUAACAAGGCUAACUCUCGAUAUUACAAAAUAUAAGAAGUGAAAAAAUUAUUUUUAACAGUUCAUAUUUUAUCCUUCAGCUAAAAAAAACAUGGCAAACCUAAUGAAAAUGUGAUAAAGUUAAAUAAAAUUAAUACUGUUCUACUAUGAAGAUUAAUGGAGGAAUCAUUAAAGCUUGACUAUCACUGUCUUAUUCUUAAUAUUUCUUAAAACUAUCUUCUGUGUUUGACAGAAACAUUAUUUUUGUUACACAGGUUACAGACAACCCUUCCAGUCAAAGUCAAAACAAAAGACAAAAAUUCCAUCUUCAAACAUUCAAUGAAAUUGUUGAUACAAAGUCUCUUCCUCUUUCGUACAAACAUCUGGAUAGCAACCCACAGUAUCCAAAUCCAGCCAUUUUAUGCGACUACAGCAACUGUGCUGUAACUCAAGACACUGACCAAUUUGUAAGACUAGCUUGCUGCCACACUUUCCACCAAGAAUGUUACCUUCGAAAUAACUCUAACUGUCCAAUCUGUACUAAGCCUCUGUUAAAGAAAGUAGCCAUGCUGGCUGAUACUUUUAAUCUCAGUUUACUAACACCUACUAAAUCGUCGUCAUCAACUACCAAUGCAGAAACAUCCAACUUAUCCUCUGAAGAGCCUGACACAGAAUUAACUCCUAACAACUCAAGACAACCUAUUUUCUAUGAAUCCGAUGAAUGGGAACAGUUUGUAGAUCAUGCUUUAGCUAAUGUCACUGUCCCACAACCUCCAAGUUUAAGAGUACAAGGACAACAACAAGAAUGUCAAGAGCAACAUCCACAGCAGCCACACUGCCAAGACCAAGGAGUCAAUCACCAAGCGCAACAAGCAAAUCAAAACAUCAACAUCACAUCAGUGAACAGUGCAGGCAGCAAAUUCCUUUUUUUUCCACAGUCUGUUUCGCAGGCUACUAUGAAUGGCAGGAGGGGGUCAAACGCUUGCACUUUCAUUGCAUUGUACUUGGCAAAAAGUUAUCAUGCCAACAUAGGACACCUACCACCCCCAACACAAAUUUCACCUGUGUGGGCUGCUGUUGUGAUGUCCUGCAUCAUUCAGGGAAAUUCCACACAUGACACUUUAACUGGGGGAAGAGCAAUUAAUUUUGCUGUUGAUGACGCUGUCCAACAUCUUAGACAAAACUUUGGACAAAUUCAAAUGGAAGAUUCGUUUGACAUCACAUUAACCAGUGAAGAUAUAAAUGUACCCCAGUCAUCAGCAGCAUUUUACCUCCAACGUUUAACUCAAGAAGCUAAUCUAUCUGCAAUUCUUAUUAUCACCGAUAUGACAAUUUGUUUUGUUGCACAUGGAGCAAAUAUUGUGAUGUUCGACAGCCACUUGCAUGGUAAUUUUGGAGCUCUUAUUGCCAGUACAACUGUUGAAAACACCGAGAAUUUCUUGAAGGCAGUGAAAGCGAUGAUAAGCCCAAACUACAACAUGUGCUCCUUAACAUUUGUUAAGUUUGCUUAA